CGGAGCGGAGCAUGCUCUUCCUCCGGUGCCAGCCUCGCGUCCCGUCCGCGUCCGCGCCGCCUUUUCGUCCCCGCGUCCGCGUCGCGGCUCCACUGGGCGUGCGCGUCACCGGCGGGAGGCGAGGGCAGGCGGUGGUCGCGAUGGCGUCCGCCGACGCGCGCUUGGCGGGGAUUGCCUCCUCCAUCCGCGUCAUCCCCGACUUCCCCAAGCCAGGGAUCAUGUUCCAGGACAUCACGACACUGCUGCUCGACCCCAAGGCGUUCCGUGACACCAUCGACCUCUUCGUUGAGCGGUACAAGGACCAAGGGAUCACCGUAGUUGCUGGUGUGGAAGCUAGAGGGUUCAUUUUUGGUCCUCCUAUCGCUCUAGCCAUCGGUGCUAAAUUUGUACCUUUGAGGAAGCCGAAGAAGUUGCCAGGCGAGGUGAUCUCCGAAGAAUAUUCUCUGGAAUACGGAACUGACAAGAUAGAGAUGCAUGUUGGAGCUGUACAGGCCAACGAUCGGGCUCUUGUAGUCGAUGAUCUUAUUGCCACCGGUGGAACACUCUGUGCAGCUGUCAAACUUAUUGAACGUGUUGGAGCAAAGGUUGUUGAGUGUGCUUGCGUCAUUGAAUUGCCAGAACUGAAGGGCCGAGACAAACUUGGGGACAGGCCAGUUUUUGUUCUUGUGGAAGCAGAUGCUUGAGCGGAACUUGGGACUUCUCUUCUCAGAGAGUUAGAGUUGGUGCUGUUGAUGCUACCUCUCUGUCAACAACAAAGUUUCCCAUGUUGGCUAUAUUCUUGCUGACACGUAAUAAAGUUUCAUUCCAAAUUGUGAUCCCCUGAAUGAUUUGUCAAUGUAGACAUGAUUGCUGGUCCUUGUAUACUGUGGCUUAUUAUUCACAUCAAUUAAGGAUAAUCCUGAUUGGAGCUUAUCGGUGCAA